CAGUUCUAUUUCCUCUCAUUAAAAUGACAAUAAAAUCGCUUAUUUUUCUUUGCUUUUUUGUUAGCGCGACUACGGCAUUAAUUUGGCCUGAAAUCGGUAGUCCGGAACACUUUACUUACGGCGUGGAACUAGUUGGAAAAAAUCUUUCAUACAUAGGAAUUUUUACUGCCCCAAACGCUGGUCAUAACUCCCUAUUCUGGAGGGUUACAUUCGCAUGGAACAAAACUGAAAAUGCUAUGACUCUGUUUCCGAAACAAAACGCGUUUGAGGGAUAUCCGACCCUGGACAAGGCCAGAAGGAACAUGGAAUUAGGAUAUCGUGGCCAGAUUUUUGUGCGAUUUGUUAACAUCGUUGAUGAGCUCCCCAAGCUAACUUAUCUUUCCGUUAACGGCGAUACUAUAUUUAGUCAGCAGAUAGCUGGGAAUUUGGAAUCAAUUACUGAUCAGUACGAGAUGCGGACUAAUAAUCACAUACUGACAAGAGAAGAUACCCUGCCAGUUAUGUAUCCUAUUCUUCCAAAAAUGGUUAAAAAUUAAAUUAAUUUAUAAUAAAAUGAAAUGUAAAUAAGUAAAAAAUUUAUAAAGGGGUACCUAAUU